AAAAAUCGUGACUUCUUCAUCUUCGCAUACGAAAUAAACACGACCGUAUUAGUAUGUUUUGUAAGUGCUUUUUUGUCCUUCUGUUCAUUCUGUUCAUUCUGUUCAUGACAAGUAUGGCAUUAUUAGAGACAAACUGAUAUUUUGGUGCAUGAACCUAUAAAAUUAUUAUCACGUAUUGUCCUGGAAUAAACUCAAGCUUGACUAUGUCUAUUAGACUUAAAACAAUGGUUUGUGUUGUUUUAAAACCUAUUGUCGUGAACAAAUAUACGGUCCACAACAAACACCUUUGUUUCGAACCAAAAUAUCAAUGGUUAUAAAAACUAACAUUCCAUUGUCCAAGCAUGUUACCACUAAUUCUACAAGUCUAAACUGAAUUUACAGGUUCUCGAGCAAACUAACAUUUUGUUCAUGACAUUUUCUUACCUUACUAUUUAUAUUUAUAACCUCAGACAACAUACUUUUGAAUUAUGGAAAUAGAUUUUUAUAUUUUUUUUUGUCAUUGAUUAUAUGAAAUCAACAUAAAAUUUUCCAAGACAAAUGGCUUGGGAAAAAAACUUUUGAAAAAGGCAAAUCUGCUCGAUUUGCUCCAACUAUAUUGCCAUACAGAAUAUGCCAAAAAAAAAUUAUAUUGCCAUACGGAAUAAUUGCUAAUAAAUCCGGUUACUUAAUGGUAUUUAUUGUAAGCUUUCUGACCAAGUCAAAACACCAUAUUAGUCAGUGAUAUUUUGUGUUUCUGGCCAGAAUAUCGUAAUGACAUCAAUUUUAGUGUUGUGAUUGAACAAAUAAGGCAGAUAGGUUAAUGCAUAGUUAUUAUUGGUUCCCUAUAUUCAUCCAAAAUAUUGAUUUGUAAUAUAUUUUUGUAUUUAUUAUUAGUUUCCUUUUGACAUUCUAUAUAAACAAGGUUGAAGGAUUCAUCAUUCCCUCCAACACGAAAGAUUUCAUAAACCAUUAUACUCUAUGGCAGCCAUUAAUUUAAUAUAGCAUGUUCUAUAAAAAAAAUAUAGUAUGUUCUAUAAUUUAUAUAAAGAACAUGCUGGAAAAUAUGUUAUAUAAAAUGAAUAGUAAAUGUAAUUGUUUUGAAAACGUUUGUACUACGUAUUUAGGCUUACAAAAAAAAAGAUGUGUGCCCUGGAAUAUAUACACUGUUUGGAGUUCAUGGAUUUUUAUAAAAUUUGUUUUAAAACUCGAAUACCAAUUUAUGGACGUUUCCUAUUAGUUGCUAAGUCAUAAUGAUGGUCCAUCAAAUAAACUUCAGUGAACGAUGCAAAUUAUUUGUAGCUUAACCAUUGUAAGUUCCAUCAAAUAAGCUUUACAGAAUUAAUACUGGCAUCACACUAAUGUUUAUAAUCAACAAAUAUAAUUGUCAUCUUAACUCACCCCGUGCCAGGCACGGGCACGGUUCUUCACCUAGUAUAUAUAUAUAGCAUGUUCAAAGUAUUGUAUAGUCACACAAUUAAUUUUUGGAGUUAUUAUGUACAGUAUAUGCAAUCAAAUUCCUCUUUUAAAUCUAUUUUCCAAUAAAUUAUUCUUAACAAAAUAAUAAAAGGAAAGGUUUUUGUUUAUUUACUUUUUUAUUUGUGAAAAAAAGACAAUGACCAUAUAUAUAUAUAAAGGAUAUAUGGUCAUCACCUAUAUUUACAGAGAAAAAAAAUUAAGAGACAAUGAUGACGAUGUUGCCAGAUAAUUUAGUAGAGGAGAUACUAAGUCGUGUUCCGGCCACAUGUCUGAAACGUUUACGAUCAACAUGCAAACUAUGGAACGGUAUAUUCAACGAUAGGAGAUUCGCAAAAAAUCACUUUGAUAAAGCCCCAAAGCAAUAUAUGGUUCUCAAGCUAACGGAGGAAUAUAGGCUUUGCUCAUUCCGUGGUGAGCUUGGACUAAUAGAUCCGGUUUGUUCAGCUCAAUUCAGGAUAUCUCAUGUCUUUCACUGCGAUGGCUUGUUGUUAUGCACCAGCGAAAGCUACAAUAGAAUAGUGGUUUGGAACCCGUGUACUGGUCAAACCAAGUGGAUCACCGAUCCCAGCGAUCGUGUCAUGUUUUGGGUAACUUUUACUCUUGGAAGGUGCUACCAAGAAAAUAAUUAUAGCUAUAAAUUAUUGAGACACGUGCCUUGUUACGAGAAGCUAAUAUUUGAAAUCUGUGAGAUCAACUCCGAUUCAUGCUGGAGGAUUCCUCAUGAUGUCACUCCAGACUGCUUAUUACAGUUUGCUCAUUACAGCGUGUAUUUGAAAGGAAAGACCUACUGGUGUGCUUCGGAUUCAAAAGAGUUUGAUGCGUGCAUGCAUUUACUGAGCUUUGAUUAUACAACAGAGAGAUUUGGACGUCUGUGCCUUCCUGGCCCGUAUUGUAGACUCCAUACUGUGUCUCUAUCGGUUGUUAGAGAAGAGAAGCUUUCCGUGUUAUUACGACCCCAUGAUAGACUUGGAAACGAGAUAGAGAUAUGGAUAAGCAGUCCUAUUGAUGAUCCCAAAGCUGUGUCGUGGAGCAAGAUCUUCGCUUUGGAUGAUCCUCGUCUUGGCUAUUGCACCCAGACAAGUUUCUUGGUGGAUGAUGAGAAGAAAAUCGCUACAUGUCUUGAAAGGUGGAUACGUAGCCGUGACAAUGCCAAGGCCAAGCUCUACUACGUCUUGCAAUACAUUGUUGGGGAGGAUAAUGAAGUCACGCUACUGGAUUUUGGAGCAUCUUCUAAUUUGCAUUUACAUUCGCAACUUUUGUUUAAUUAUGUACCAAGUCUGGUUCAUAUCCAGUGACACCUA